AGCUGAAUCCAGCUCUCUUCAGCUGUAGCUGUUGGCACCAUCUCACAGUGGUUUUGUUUUUUCAGGACAGUAGAGGGAGCUGCAUAUCUCAUAAGGGUGCGACUUUGUCACAGGUCCAUUCAGAACGCAAGCACAGGGGUCUAGUCACCCAGACUGAAUUCCCAGCUACCCACUGUGAAGGGGCACAGCUGCGCUCUCAGUCAUGAAGGUGUCCACAGUCGUCCUGGUGAUAUUUACGACAUACACCUGGAUGUGUCAUGCAGAAGUAAAUUCAGUGGAGCCUCCUGACAACGUGACCAUGUCCGACCUGGGACUGCUUGGUCAGCUGGUGAUCCAAUGGUCACCGCCAGCCAGUCUACAGAAUGUGACGGACUGUACAGUUCGCUACCAGCUGGAGUACUUCAACACCUAUAGAAAUCAGUGGAAGGGUUUCAGAACUCUCCGGACGAGCUUGCGAGCCCAGUUUGACCUCGAGCGGGACGUGCAGGUGAAACUACGCACCAUGCUGAGGGGGAAGUGCACAGGUGACGUGGAGCGCUCCAGCACCACCUUGGAGCUGACCUGGCCCCCACACCUGGCUGGUGCCGUGGGCAGUAGGGUGCAGGACUUCAGCUGUGUGUUUCACAGGAAGGAGUACAUGGAAUGCAUGUGGGUUAAAGGAGCUGACGAGCCCCAGCACUCCCAGCACUUUCUCCACUACUGGCACAGUGACCUGGAGUCCGUGGCAGAGUGCCCAGAGUAUAUUCUGCGAGGCGGCGUCCGAACGGGUUGUCUGUUCCCCCGCAACACAAUCAAAGAAUUCACUGACUUCAACGUGUGUGUGAAUGGAUCAUCACCUGUGGGACCUAUCAGACCAGCCUAUUUCAACAUGCAAGUCCAAAAUUAUGUGAAGCCGGGGCCGGUGGAGGCCGUGUCCCUGGAGGCGGUGGAGGAGGAGGGGGGCGAGGAGCUGGAGCUGGAGCGUGAGCGUGAGCUGGUGCUGGAGUGGAGGCCCCCGGCGGGACACAUCCCCCUCCACUGUCUGGAGUACGAGGUCAUGUCAGAGCACACCCGCCAGGACGGGACCAAGUGGACGAUGGUGAAUGUAACGGAGGACACCUCUCUGGUGUUGCCAGCAAACCAGCAGAGCUGCGCUCGGGUGCGGACCCACGUGCAUGAAUACUGCUCCGACAGCAGCUUCUGGAGUGACUGGACCCAGUGGCGUUGUCUGCCGGCAGUGGCAUUCAUCCAUACAAACGACCUCAGCCCAGCGAUGGACAUUGCACUGAUCUGCGUGUUGGUGGCCUCUGCAGUGGCAGUGCUCUCCCUCUGUAUGUCACUGUGGAUGUUCAGAAAAAUGUGGAAGAAGAGAAAUGAGCAGAAAAUGUUGGACAGCUUUCUCUUCUGGGAGAACCAACACCUGAAACUGUCCCCAGCUUUGAGCCAUCCCUGACCUGAUGCCAGAGGCUUCAUUGCCCCCUUCAGCUACGCACUGUUGCACUGAGUCAGCCCAAAUUGGGGGGGGGGUUCUAACAUGCAUGCCUGCCUUUUCCCAGCACAUGAAAACCAAAUACCACCUACAGAGAAUCAGACUGACGCACAUAGACCAGGGCUGUUGAUUGAUAAAUCUCCAUUGGCCAAUAAAUCAAGGUCACCUACAGUACAGCCCUGAUGUGUGUGCGUCAGUCUGGGUCAGACACAUGGCUGUUGACUGAUGGCAGUGGAGAUCUUCACAUUCAGUGUGUUCUGGCUAUUCUUCCCCAUGAGAAUAUUGCAACAUGACUUUCAUUACUCCGGUUUAGGUGUUUUACUUGGCAGAUGUCAUGUCCCAAUGAGUCAGAGAGCAUAUUUACUGCAUAGUGGCAGGUCACAUAAGCUGUCAUUUAAGAUUCUCAGAGGUGCCAUGAUAACAACCAUUUGAUAUCAUGAUAAUGGAUAUGGUUGUGUUAUUGUGGGAUUCCAGUAUAAGCCCAUAAGUCUAAGGCUGGCCAGUUGAAUGUUAGACUUCAAAUUAGUCAAUUGUGAUUAAUUAUUUUAAAGUUACUCAAAACCGCCUGUUGUCUUGCCAUAUUUUAAAACGGAAAGCAGAAGAAAAUUAUUUAUCUUGUUUUGCACUGUAUACAAAGUUAGUUUAGCUGUGGGCUAUAAUACAUCAUUUCAUUUGUAACAUUAUUGUUCUCUUUUAUUGUGAGAAAUGUAUAGGCUACUAUUUUGUGGUUCAUAUGAGGCUUCAAACCUGCUGCAAUAAACAUGUAUUUGAAGACUGAAA